AGUGCUGGGAUUACAGGCGUGAGCCACCGCGCCCAGCUGCUUUUUUAUACAUUAAGUGUGCUUGCAUGUAGACUGCGACCUCUGGCCCUCAGCCUCUUAAUAAAUACUCCAAAUGACUUCAUUGGAACAACCAGAGAAUCACCCAUCUAUAGAGUGGGAAGUUGCUGAUCUCAUCACUGCGUGGGGUGGGGCGAAGGAAGCAACCCUCACCCUUUCUCGGAAAGCAGCUGGCUUUGAAGAAAGAGGAACCAGGACAGGAAAGUCCUGAUUUCUAAUCUGAAACAGCGCUUUUUGUCCAGAGACCGGUGACGAGCGACCCUGGGCUCGGGUUUUGAUUGGGCAGUUCGGAAACUGUAAAAGCGAAUUAAAAGGGUGACAAGCUAGCGCUUUAGCCUAUUCAGUUCUGGGAGUUUGCACGUGACGCUCUGCUUCGUGACCUUGGCUCUGCUCUGUGGGCGCCGCCCAGCCUGGGCACGUCCAUCGUUGAGUACCUUCUCCUCUGACUCCCUCUCCCUCUGCUUCUAUCUCUCUCCAACUGCCCUCCCUGGCCUGUGGCUGCCCGGUCCUCCUUCCCAGCCCAGUGUACCCGGGUACCCGGGUUCGGCUCGCUCGGGUCCUGUCCAGGACUGGGAAGCCACGGAGGGCCGGGAAAGUGGCGCACUACUGGAGCGCACGCUUCGUACUCCCUCAUCGCUGAAUAACUACCGGGCAGGACUGGGUGGAACAGACAGCAUAUCUAGGUCAUUGAUGGGCUGCUGGGUACAUGGAUGGAGCUGGAAGGUAUCCUCCAACCCCUCCUCCAACAUCGAUCCAGGCAACUAUGUUGAAACGAACGAUUCAAUCGCCCACCUACCUUCUAAAGUGGUGAUACAAGAUAUUACUAUGGAGCUACACUGCCCACUGUGCAACGAUUGGUUCCAUGACCCACUGAUGCUAAGCUGUGGCCACAACUUCUGUCAAGCCUGUAUCCAAGACUUCUGGAGGCUGCAAGCAAAGGAAACAUUCUGUCCUGACUGUAAGAUGCUAUGUCAGUAUAGCAACUGUACAUUCAACCUUGUACUGGACAAGUUGGUAGAGAAGAUUAAGAAGUUACCCCUACUCAAGGGCCAUCCACAGUGCCCAGAGCAUGGAGAGAACCUGAAACUGUUCAGUAAACCAGAUGGGAAACUGAUCUGCUUUCAAUGCAAGGAUGCUCGGUUGUCUGUGGGGCAGUCUGAGGAGUUCCUGCAAAUCUCUGAUGCUGUCCAUUUCUUCACGGUGGGAGGAGCUUGCCAUCCAACAGGGUCAACUGGAGACAACUCUGAAGGAGCUUCAGUCCCUGAGGAACACGCAGAAGGAAGCUAUUGCUGCUCACAAGGUUUCCAGGAAAACAAGCUACAUCUGCAGCAACACGUGUCCAUGGAGUUUCUAAAGCUGCAUCAGUUCCUGCACAGCAAAGAAAAGGACAUUUUAACUGAGCUCCGGGAAGAGGGGAAAGCCUUGAAUGAGGAGAUGGAGCUGAAUCUGAGCCAGCUUCAGGAGCAAUGUCUCUUAGCCAAGGAUAUGUUGGUGAGCAUUCAGGCAAAGAUGGAACAACAGAACUCCUUCGACUUUCUCAAAGACAUCACAACUCUCUUAGAUAGCUUGGAGCAAGGAAUGAGGGUGCUGGCAACCAGAGAGCUUAUUUCCAGAAAGCUGAACCCGGGCCAGUACAAAGGUCCUAUCCAGUACAUGGUAUGGAGGGAAAUGCAGGACACUCUCUGUCCAGGCCUAUCUCCACUAACUCUGGACCCUAAAACAGCUCACCCAAAUCUGGUGCUCUCCAAAAACCAAACCAGCGUCUGGCAUGGUGACAUUAAGAAGGUAAUGCCUGAUGAUCCAGAGAGGUUUGACUCAAGUGUGGCUGUGCUGGGCUCAAGAGGCUUCACCUCUGGAAAGUGGUACUGGGAAGUAGAAGUAGCAAAGAAGACAAAAUGGACAGUUGGAGUCGUCCGAGAAUCCAUCAUUCGGAAGGGCAUCUGUCCUCUAACUCCUGAGCAAGGAUUCUGGCUUUUAAGACUAAGGAACCAAACUGAUCUAAAGGCUCUGGAUUUGCCUUCUUGCAGUCUGACACUGACUAACAACCUCGACAAAGUGGGCAUAUACCUGGAUUAUGAAGGAGGGCAGGUGUCCUUCUACAAUGCUAAAACCAUGACUCACAUUUAUACCUUCAGUAACACUUUCAUAGAGAAACUUUAUCCCUACUUCUGCCCCUGCCUUAAUGAUGGUGGAGAGAAUAAAGAACCAAUGCACAUUUUACAUCCACAGUAAUGAGUCAUACUAUUAUACAAAUUCAGAGUGUUAUUAAAGAGGUAUUGAAAUAUUUUA